AUGUCAAGGGAUGAGAGGGUAGGUGAAGAUGGCGGUGGUCCCGUCUAUGGCUCACUGAGAAUACCGACGGCGACACCAAGCUCUUACGACUAUGGCCACCUAGAUCGUGGAAGUCCCAUCGCCGAGUCGGAGAUCGGAGGCAGACAGAGGUCAUCGUCAUACUCAUCUCGAGUGCGCCAAGCGGGUGGUCUCAAUAGUCUGGACAACUUCGCGCGUUCUUGGCAGAGAGCGGCGGCGUUCCCCGAAGUGCUUCCACGACGCUCGUCGUUUGUCUCUGCGGACUCGGACGACGAAUUUGCCAUUUCUACUGGCCAAGACUACGGAUCAAGAAGCUCUCCACCCUGGGGCUGGCAGUCGGAUACAGAUCGACCCCUACUUCGUGGGGAUUUAGACUCGGACCAGGAUGGUGGGGAUUCGCGAGCGCCCGAGUCUUCGAAGAGGGCGCUUCCUAUCACUGGAUUGCUUGAUUCUUCGUUUGAAAGAAGUUUUGCAACCUCAUAUGGUACUAUCUCCUCGCGGAUGAGCGAGUCAACACGGAGAAAUGCAAUCCAAUUUCACAGAGAGCAACAUGCCCAUGUAUACGUGGACGGAUCUGGAGAUCCGGACCGGGGUCCAUUGCUUGUCAAGCAUAUCCAGCAUGAAGAUGGGACCCAGGAGGAUAUCGUUGUUGGGCAAUCCACUCUUCCACAAACCAUCUUCAACUCGGUCAAUGUAUUGAUCGGAAUUGGCUUGUUGAGUCUUCCCUUGGCAAUGCGACAUGCUGGGUGGGUUCUAGGACUGCUAUUCCUUGUAUUCUCAGCAGUAACCACCUCUUAUACAGCCAAAAUCCUGGCCAAAUGUCUGGAUGUUGACCGAAGCGUGGUCACAUAUGCUAAUUUGGCGUAUAUCAGUUUUGGACAGCAUGCUCGUCUAAUCACCAGUUUUCUGUUCUGUUUGGAACUUUUAGGAGCAUGCGUGGCCUUGGUUGUGCUGUUUGCUGACAGUUUAUACGCUCUGGUACCGGGAUUGAGCAUAUUUGAGUGGAAAAUCGUCUGUGGAGUCGUGCUAAUUCCGCUUAACUUCCUGCCGCUACGAUUCUUGAGUAUUACUAGCAUAUUGGGUAUCGUCUCUUGCACAUCGAUUGUGGCUCUCAUUUGCAUCGAUGGCCUCAUCAAGCCAGAUGCGCCGGGCUCCUUGCGGCAACCAGCCAACACAUUCCUCUUCCCUGAGAACUGGGCUACUCUUCCUCUUAGUUUUGGACUUAUCAUGUCACCUUGGGGCGGGCAUGGUGUCUUCCCUAACAUCUACAGAGAUAUGAGGCAUCCUCAGAAGUACGGAAAGAGUCUUUGGGUCACCUAUAUAUUCACAUUUACUUUGGACUGCUCUAUGGCAAUAAUUGGCUGGCUGAUGUUUGGUGAUACCGUCCUCGACGAAAUCACUGCAAAUGUUCUCACCAUCACCAACUACCCACAAUCCUUGUCCAUCUGUAUUAUAGUCUUCAUUUCCAUCAUCCCGUUAACAAAAGUGCCACUGAAUGCCCGACCUCUUGUGGCCACAUUCGAAGUUCUCUGUGGACUCGGAGGCGGUCGCGUUCCUGCUCAGAACGGCUCUGAGACCCUCCAACAAAUUUCACGGGCAAUGAUCCGGGUUGUUCUCGUGGUCAUGAUUGUCGUUUUGUCGGUUAUUUUCCCAGCCUUCGACCGUAUCAUGGCUUUCUUGGGAUCGUUUUUGUGUUUCACCAUCUGCAUCAUCCUCCCUCUUGCGUUUUAUCUCAAGAUUUUUGGAAAGGAGAUUGGCCGUGGCGAGUAUAUUCUUGAUUGGAUUCUGCUUAUCUUCUCUUCGAUAUUGGCAGCCGUGGGGACUGUCUGGGCAUUCUUGCCACAGGAUGUGCUCUCUGCAAACUAG